UGCGGGUUCUCUUUCAUAUUAGUAGGCUACUCGCGCCUGAAGAGCGUCAUUCCGAACACAGUUCCCUCCCUCUUAGACAAACUGCAUUGCCGUUCUCGUUCAUGUUGGAGAGGUUGUGACAAGAGAAUGUCCUCAUGAGUAAACCGACUUCUUCGUUAUUGCGGCACGCUACCGAUCUCCGCGUCCUCAACUUCGUCCUCUUCUUGAUAUGGCUGAUUGCGAUCCGGUACUGUCAAGUAACGACAUACUAUGACCCGUCGUCGUACUUCUUUCGCUCUGAUGCCGCCUACGAACCAUUCUACUCUGCCGUUAGAGAGCAGGAAGCCGACGACUUCCUCGCCUCACGAGACUCACACCACGACCGAAUAACAAAAGGGGUAACAGCAAGCGUCCGACGUGCCGCCCCAUCUUAUUGUAUCGGCAUCCCAACUCUGCAGAGAGAGAGGGCGCAAUUCUUCCCGAGAACAGCGGCAUCCCUCGUUGAUACCUUAACGCCCGAACAGCGAGAACUCAUUCACAUUGUCGUUCUCUUGUCCGAUGACGAUGCGACGGAGAACUUGGCUUUUGGCCAGGACUGGCUCCAUGCCAUUGCCGACACAGUCAUUGUCCAUGAAGACACGCCAGAGGAUUUGGUGUCCGAGAAUGGUUACCAGACGAUACCACGACACUUCGAAUUAGCGGCCAGAGACGAACGAGUGAGACGCGACUAUGCUGUUCUUUCUGAGACGUGCCGUCGACAGGAGGCGGACUACUUUAUUCUCGUUGAAGACGAUGUUAUAGCCGCGAGGGACUGGUUCGAGCGACUCCAGGCAGCAACGCCUCUGGUGAACGAGCGAGCGGUUGCCAAACGCCAAGAUUGGCUUUACAUUCGACUCUUCUACACGGAGACGUAUAUGGGAUGGAACUCUGAAGAAUGGGGUAUAUACUCACGGAACAUUGCUCUUAUAUACGUAGCCGUGCUCGGUCUCAUGCUUGCACUCCGCUACCUCCACCAGAUGGCAUCGCCCUCUCACAAGGAACGAGCAUCUAAACACGCAAAGCUCUUGAUGGCAAACAUACUGAUGAUAUGGGUGCCACUGUUCAUUGGACUCGGAUUCAUGGCUGGUCGGUUGACAGUCAGUCCAUUGCCGACCGGGGUGUUGGAGAUGCCGCGAUACGGCUGUUGCAGCCAGGGCUUGGUGAUACCAAAUCGGCAUCUGCCCUUGUUGAAAGAGAGAUUAUUGGAAUCUCCAUUUGAUCUGCCUGCGGACUCGACUAUCGAGAAGACGGCAGAUGAUUUUGGAUUGGGCAAGUGGGCGGUCGUGCCAAGUGUUUUGCAGCAUAUCGGAGCGAGAGGGUCGUCGGCGAAAGGAGGCGCCAUCAAGUCGACGUGGAAUUUCAGUUUUGAAAGAUUUUACUCAGCUUAG